AGCUGUGGAUAUUUCGCUUUUGAUUGCGGGUUUGCUCAUCGCCGGCGAGUUUCUGAUUGUUAAAACGCCGUAAAUGAGGCUCUGAGGACGAACAGUUCAGCUGAGGAGGCUGUUUUGCAGUGAUGACUCAGACAGUUCAGACCAACGGGGUUCAACCCCUCAGUAAGACCUGGGAACUGAGUCUGUAUGAGCUACAGAGAACUCCACAGGAGGCUAUAACGGAUGGACUGGAGAUAGCAGUGUCGCCCAGGUCCUUGCACAGCGAACUCAUGUGUCCGAUCUGUCUGGACAUGUUGAAGAACACAAUGACAACCAAAGAAUGUCUGCACCGCUUCUGUGCUGAUUGUAUCAUCACAGCUUUGAGAUCUGGUAAUAAAGAGUGUCCUACCUGUCGUAAGAAGCUGGUGUCCAAGAGGUCGUUGCGUCCAGACCCAAAUUUUGAUGCUCUGAUUAGUAAGAUUUAUCCCAGCCGUGACGAGUACGAAGCCCACCAGGAGAGAGUUUUGGCCCGCAUUAGCAAACACAACAACCAGCAAGCCCUGUCCCACAGCAUAGAAGAGGGGCUGAAGAUACAGGCUAUGACCAGACUGCAGCGUGGCAAGAGACACACAGUGGAGAAUGGAAGUGGAGCUGAGGACAACGGAGACUCUUCUCACUGUAGCAACGCCUCCGUCCACAGCAACCAGGAGGCAGGUCCGAGCAUCAAGCGCACUAAGACGAGCGACGACAGCGGUUUGGACAUGGAUAACGCUGCAGAGAACGGGGGCGGGGACUCUGUGAUUGACGGGGGUGCCAGCGAAAUAGAACUAGUGUUCAGGCCUCAUCCCACCCUGAUGGAGAAGGACGACGGUCACAACAGUGUGGAGUUCGUUCCUCGCUACAUCAAGACGUCCGGUAACGCCACAGUGGAUCACCUGUCUAAAUACCUGGCCGUCCGACUGGCUCUGGAGGAGCUGAGAAGAAACGCAGAGGCCAGUCCUGUUAAUGUGGAGGCAGCUUCAGAGAAACAGUACACCAUCUACAUCCCUACAGCUGGAAACCAGUUCACUGUCCUGAACGGUUCUUUCUCCCUGGAGCUGGUCAGCGAAAAGUACUGGAAGGUCAACAAGCCCAUGGAGCUCUACUUUGCUCCCACUAAAGAACACAAGUAGACGCACAUAAACACACACACACACACACACACACACAUAAACACACACACACACACACAUAAACACACACACACACACACACACAGACACACACACACACACACACACACACACACACACACACACACACACACACACACACACACACACACACACACACACACACACACACACACACACACACACACACACUCAGCGGUAGGAAGCGAACACAUGGACUGGGCUACACCUGCAUACACCAGAACCCAGAGGAGGGGAAGUGUGUGUCUGAAGGAGAUGAAGGGUUGGUUUGGCCCUCAAAAAGGACUCUUGUAAAAAGAAAAACUCUGUUUUAUAUUCUCUGUAUCUUUCUCUGUGUGUCUCUGUAGAAGGUAGCAGGUCAGUACAGCAGACUGUAGAUUCUCUCCAAACACCCGGGUCCAUCCUCACUCUGAAUUAGCUUGUUUCAGACUUCAUUAAAUAUGUUACAGCCUCCUUUAAAAUGGGAGCUUUUGGCCUGAGAAAUGAGUUAAAAUGUUGAGUCUCUCCUUGUGUGACGCUACAGUCGAUAGAGACCAGACCAGCUGUGUCCAAACGAUGUAAAUACUGCUGGACGUACACGUAGAUACCACCUGGGUCAGUGUUUUAAACUGUAAAAUGACUCAUAGACAGAAAGAUCAUCGUUUAAAUUUCACAGAUUGAAGUAUUUUGCUAUUCAGUGUCUGUCUGUGGCUUGAAUUCCCCUCUUUGAAAUCAAGUUUCACUCUAUUAAAAACUUGAUUUGUAAAUUUGAAAAUGUGUUUUCUGGUAACUCAUCUGAAGGUCUCUUUACUGGAUCACACAACUGCCAGAAGAAGAAGUAGAAGGAUUCAGCCUCGACUCUUUGGGGAUCUAAAAAUGUGAAUCUGAUUAAUAUAUUUGUUGUUCAGCGUCGGCUUUGGGAUUUAAGAACAUUUGUGUUGUUUUAAGUUGGACAUCACCCAGAGGGGAAUUAGGAUCACAUGUAUACAGACAGAAUUCAGUGUUUAACAUGAAGUAAUCAGUGGCAGUUUAGAAAAAUCUAAUUCUUACAGAUUUUAAAAUCUAAAUUGGCAUCAAACAGACUGAAACCAACACUUUCCACUGCAGGAAUGUACAGAAACCACCUCGUGAAUCAGCUCUUUGUACAUUUCUGUUUCCGUUGUGGCACAGCUCUGAUGGUGGCACUAACCAUGAGUGCAACAAAACAGCAACAAACUGGAUGGAACUCCAGCUCUAUGAUCAUCAGGGUUUGUUUUAUUUGCCGAUAUCAGGAAUGUCAAACUCAUUUAGUUUACAUUCAGCCUAAUCUGACCUGAAAAUGUUCACAUUUAAGGAAUUAUCUUUUUACAAAACAUUAUGAACAACCUGAAAUUUCUGAAGAAAAAUAAAUUCAGUUUCAUCAACA